AUGAAGAACUAUACAAAGCAGAGAGAAUUUAUUUUACUGGGACUGACAGAUGAUUCUCAGCUACAAAUUGUCAUCUUCUUCUUCCUACUUCUCAAUUACAUGCUGAGUAUGAUAGGGAAUUUAACCAUCAUUGCUCUCACUCUGCUGGAUUCCCAUCUCAAGACACCAAUGUACUUUUUUCUUUGUAAUUUCUCUUUCCUAGAAAUCUCCUUCACUACUGUUUGCAUACCCAGAUUUCUAAUCAGCAUCACAACCAGCCAAAAGGCAAUUUCUUAUAGUGGUUGUAUAUCUCAACUGUUUUUCUAUAUUUUUUUGGGAGUUACAGAGUUCUUCCUUCUGACUGCUAUGUCCUAUGACCGCUAUAUUGCCAUCUGCAAACCCUUGCACUAUACAUCCAUCAUGAGCAACAGAGUUUGUCGCCAGCUUGUACUCAGCUCUUGGAUAACUGCAUUCCUGCUCAUUUUCCCUCCAUUGAUUUUGUGUCUCAACCUGGAUUUCUGUGAGGCAAAUAUCAUUGACCAUUUCAUUUGUGACGUUUCUCCUGUCCUGCACCUUUCUUGCUCAGAUACACAUUUACUAGAAUUAAUUGCUUUUUUAUUAGCUCUAAUGAUAGUGAUUGUCUCAUUGUUUCUAGUACUGAUUUCUUACUCCCACAUCAUUAAAACAAUUCUAAAAUUCCCUUCAGUUCAGCAAAAGAAAAAAGCCUUUUCUACCUGUUCUUCUCAUAUGAUUGUUGUCUCCAUCACUUAUGGUAGCUGCAUAUUUAUGUACAUAAAACCAUCAGCAAACGAAAGAAUUACAUUAAGCAAAGGAGUAGCUCUGCUCAAUACUUCAGUUGCGCCUAUGUUGAAUCCGUUCAUUUAUACUUUGAGGAACCAGCAAGUGAAACUAGCCUUCAAGACUGUAUUCAAAAAGAUCCAUUCUACUUCAAAUAGGUAA